AUGAAGCAUCUAAGAACCAGAAUAUCAACUCAUGCACUACAUCUACGAUCCCCUUCCUCCUGUGUGGUAGCCACCGAUACUUGUUUUCCUAUUUCUGCAGGACAUCUACAAUGUUUCCAAUUCCCCGAAUGCCAAAUAACGGAGGCCAUGUUCCGGGUCGACCAGCCACCUGAAUGGGUCGAGAGUGACCAGUGCAACAACUGCCGCACCUAUUUCGGACCCAUUACUCGCAAGCACCACUGCCGGAAUUGUGGGAAUAUCUUCUGCAAUGCGUGCUCGUCCAAUGACGAUCCGAUCCCGAAGUUCGGCUACGAAAAGCCUGUGCGCACGUGCGACAGUUGCCACGUGGUCUUACAAAGUGGCGGUGCGGAUGCGGCGGCUAUAGCCCAGCAGAUAGGUGGGGUGAGUGGUGGUGUCCCAUCCGGCCCCUCAGCCGCAGAGGCGGAGGCGAUCCGACAGAGAGAGGAAGACGAUCUCAUGCAGGCCAUAGCCCAGUCACUGCAUAUUCAG